UCGCACAGGUAGGCUAGUCAUACCGAGGACGCAGUCUGGGAAUUGUUGGGGAGGAUUUUCUUCUCUUUUCUUUGUUUUAUUAUUAUUAUUUUUAUUUAUUUUUUUCCUUAGGGGUGUGUGUGGUCUACCGCAGCCAUGGCUGAAUCCCAGCUUAUGGUCAUGGAGGACGGGCACAUCGGAGCCAAAGUACCGGAGAACAAACCGGAGUUUUACUACAGCGAGGAGCAGCGUUGUGCCAUAGAGGAACUGCUGAAGAACGGGGACGGGGCUUUUAAGACGCGUCUUAAGGAAGACAAAGCCAAAGACUUUUUGUCUGCGAGGGAAGUCAAAGUUCUGCAAAGCACUUUCAAACAGUAUGACUCUGACAGCAGCAACAGCAAGACGGCUGCCUCCAGGUCGGAGCAGGGAGCCUCUGGUGGAACCGACGCGGACUCUGGGGUUCAUUCCACUUAUUGGCCGCAGAUGUCGGACACUGAGGUUCCGUCGCUGGACAUCGGCUGGCCCAGCGGGGGGCUGUUCAAAGGGGUGACCCGGGUGGCCGUUCACACACACCCGCCCAAAGACAACGGGCCUCACAUCAAGGAGGUGGUUAGAAGACUCAUACAGGAGGCCAGCAAGGUCAUUGCCAUAGUGAUGGACAUGCUUACAGAUAUUCACAUCCUGCAGGACCUGAUGGAUGCAGCUUCCCGUCGGUCUGUGCCUGUUUACAUUGUGUUGGAUGAGCAAGCUGUUGCUCACUUUCUGGACGUGUGUUCUAGACUUCAGAUUGGUGCACAACAACUUCGAUAUAUUCGAGUACGAAUGCUUCAAGGUGUUGGUUUCAGUUUGUCUUUUGGCAAACUCCCUGGUUCGCUUUGUAGUAAAUACAUGCUGGUUGAUGGAGACAAAGUUGCUUUUGGCUCUUUCAGUUUCUCUUGGUCUGCAUCUCGUAUGGACAGAAAUAUGAUCACUGUGAUGACAGGGCAGGUGGUUGACUUCUUCGACAGAGAUUUUCGUGAGUUAUACGCCAUAUCUGACAAAGUGGACCUCUACAAGGAGUUUCAUGUAAGUCCUCCAGCUUCCAAAGUGGCCGCCACGAUUCGCUCCAAAUCGGAGCCCAAACGUCCUCCGUUACCAGCAACCACAUCCCGUUUCCAAGUGAGCCUAGGAGAUUCUCAGAAUCCAGAGAUCCAGGUUCCUGCCCACAAAUACUACAACCCCAAAUACUCUCUGUUGUUCGGAGGUCCUCCACGUCCUGCAAGAUCACUGCAAGACCUUCUACCCAAGGGGGAUAUUGCAGAUAUACCUGAGGAGGAGGGAAGGCCCCGAUUAGCCAGCAGUGUUAAGAUAGACCGAAUGCUCUCAGAGGCCCCAACUGAGAGCGCCGAGGAACCAGCCAAAGUAAAGAAGAAAUGGUUCAGUUUUAAGUCUAAGAAAAAAUUGUCUGCUAAAGAGAUCAUCAGUCCCCUUCUAGCAGAAAAUCACCCAAAUGAUGAAAUAGAAAACAGUUUUGAGGGGGCCCCAGUAACUCCAACUAAAGGGAGUAAGAAGCUUUCUAAACUGGACCAGAAAGCAUCAUCUCAGCAAACUGUCAACACUGCACAUGACAGAGAGAGUCUAAAGAGUGGAAAAAGUGGGAAGAGUGUAAAGAGUCGUCGUAAAGGACCGUCAGGAUGUAAAACAUCCUAAACUGAACACGCUGCUGUUUCUGCUAAUGUACACUUCAGUGUUCAGUAACAGAUUAUAAA